AGUUGUGUCAUUGGAAUCUGUCAACGUUGGCCAGCUAAGGAAGUAGGCUACUGAUAAACAACAGUUAGCGGAUGUUACCUAGCUAAAUAGCUACAGCGAACGGUUCAACUAUGAAGUGGAUCUACAAAUACCCCUGGUAUUUUACAAAGUAAACGACAUUUUACGCCACGAUUUGCAGGCCGUUAAAAUACCUUAGCUAACUGUAGCUAUAGUUUAGCUUAGUUCGCAAGCCAUGUCCUACUAUUUUUUUUAUUUGUGGCUAGCUAGAGUAGUCUAAUAUUACGUGUUCCAGUCACUGGAAACUAAGGAGAGUAUCAUAAAUACUUUCCCGUGGAAGUAUCAUAAGUACUUUCCCCGUAAUAUCUUGGAAAUACUACAGAUAACUGGCUCGCUGCAAUGGCAACAGUACAGCAUCGCAUUAAACGGACCAGUUAUGCAUUUUUUAUGUUAACGUUACUGGUUAUCAUCUUAAUUGUGUUUGGACGUAAUUACGGACUUCUCGGAGUGCCCUCUUCUGUCUCGGUCGUUAUCGGAGUUUUUUCUUUUGGUGGCAUGGCGCUUCUGUGGAGUGCCAUCGGCUGGAGGGUGAAAGUGGAUAAUAGAUCGUUGGGCAGCCUUCUCACUCAAUACGUGGCCAUCAAAGUGGUGGGCUGGCUGGGGAAACGGCAGAGGGAACGUCUGGAAGCAGACACGCGUGACAUCAGGAAAGCACAGGAGGAGACACUACUCAAGCGCCUGCGCAAAAACGCAAACACCUACUAUGGACGUCUGUACGAAUUCAGUUCAAUCAAAGACUGUGUGACUUUUUGCCAGCUUCACCCGUUGACUGGGUAUGAGCACUACUGUGACCUGGUCAAGCGUGUGGCUGCAGGGGAGGAGGGAGUGCUGAUAGCUGAGAAACCCCUCAUCCUGGCCAUGACUUCUGGCACAUCUGGAGCCAGCAGCAUGCUACUCAGCACGAAGGACACCAACACAGAAUUCUUCUUACAGGGUGUCGCUGUGUGCCUGGAUGCCAUGAGGAAGGCCUUUCCUGCCAGCGACAGCCUACAGCGCACCGUCAAGUUCUUCUACGCGCCCACGUUUCGCCAGUCGGAGGCGGGCAUCCCCAUCGGACCCAACUCCUCCACCCCCGCCUCCUCCCGCCACAUGCUCGCCCUGUACACCACCCCCGCACCCGCCUUCCAGGUGCCCAGCGAGCCGGACGCCCUCUACCUGCACCUGCUCUUCGCCCUCAAGGACCCGAGCGUGGGCACCCUGGAGUCCAACUUCGCCUCCACUGUCUUUUAUGCCUUCAGGUUCUUGCAGGAGCGGUGGUCGGAGCUGGUGGAGGACGUGGAGCUGGGCCGGGUCAGCCCCCGGCUGGCCCUGGAGGACGGGGUGCGGCGCGGCCUGGACCGUCUGCUGAAGCCGGACACGGGGCGGGCGGGCAGGCUGAAGGCCGAGUUCGAGCGGGGCUUCGAGGGCAUCGCGCUCCGCCUGUGGCCCCAGCUCAACCUGGUGCUGGCCGUGGACUCCGGCUCCAACCAGAUCUACGGAGAGCUACUGAGGCAGCACUACUGCCGGGGCGUCCCCUUCUACUCCCCCUUCUACGCCGCCACUGAAGGCCUCAUUGGGGUGAACCUGUGGCCAGAGAAGGAGCAGCGACAGUACCUGCUCUGUCCACGCUCCAUGUUCUGCGAGUUCCUGCCCGAGGCCAGCCUGGACGAGGAGCAGCCGCCCACCCUGCUGAUGGACCAGGUCCAGCAGGGGCUCUCCUACGAGCUGGUGGUCACCAACGCAUCUGGGCUCUUCAGGUAUCGCAUAGGAGAUGUGGUGAAAGUGGUUGGAUUCCACAAUCAAUGCCCAGUGGUGGAAUUCCAGUACAGGCGUGGACAAAUGCUGAAUGUUCGAGGGGAGAAAGUGUCUGAGGCCAUGUUUCUAGCAGCCCUGAAAAGAGCCGUCACUCAGUGGCCAGGGGCGAAGCUAGUGGACUAUUGCUGUGCAGAAAGUGGAAUUUUGGGCGAGUCCUCUGGUGGCUCUGACCCCCACUAUCAAGUGUUCCUGGAACUGAAGGGGGUUCGAAACCUGACUGAGGAGCAGCGAUACAAGUUGGACCACUGUCUCCAAGAAGACUCGGCCAUCUAUAAAUCUUUCAGGUUCAAAGGGAGCAUCGGGCCAAUGAGGGUACAGCUGGUGGGGGGCGGGGCCUUCCAGGAGCUGCGCGGACUCAUGCUGGCCUCCUCCCAAGCUUCGCCCAACACCUUCAAAAUGCACCGCGUGCUGCGCAGGAAGGAGUACGCCGAUUUCCUGCAGGGAAAGAUCAUCUCCUAGGAGCUCUCUGAAGCUCUUUGUGGGAACCGGCCCCAGUCGGACCCCUGCCUAUAGCGAGCUUGGCAGCGACAAGAGAGACUCCGAACCCGACCGCGGGUUUCAUGCCAAGCCUCCGCGGGGGGCCUCUUUUGAAGGUCCCAGCCACCUUUAAUCAACUUGUUAAGGUUGCCUUUUGAUUUAAACGGUGUUUUUAUUGCGCAGGUUUCUUCUUUUUUUAAAAGAGCAAUGGUUGUCAUCCAUUCGUACCCACACGGUGGGAAUCUUCAGCCUACUCUACGCCAAGGUUCGCUUCAUCAUUCUCCAUCGCCAGAGACUACAUGCUGGGCACGGUUGGAGCGGUUACUAUGGGGACAACAGUAUUUGUGGUUUUUUGCCUUGAAGAGACGCAACACGCAGUGAAAUCACUCAAGAAAAUACAUCGAAAGUUGAAAGAUAACGGAAUGUGGCGGCUACAGGGAACUGUAUUAAACUUUGCAGUUAAAAAACAUUUAAAGCUAUUAAGUAUGUUUCCCAGGAGACCUGAGGUCUUUACAGGUUAGAGUUUACUGAAAUCAGGGGAAGGGGGAGGGAGAGAUGUCAGACAAGCUGAACACAAGUUACAGCAUGCCCCCACGCCUGGGGGUGCGUUGUUAAGAGCAGGACACUGGAAGCCCAGGAGAAUUUGAGAGGGUUGUGCCCCUGAAUCAGGAUGGGGGCAGGGCUCAGUCGUCUUAAGGUCAUAGUUCGCUUAAUGAGAUUGCAAUAGCCAUUGGCCAUGCUCCAUCAUCGGAUUCCAAUAUUAAUUGCAUCUAAUUUUGACUUUGCCUGCCUUGCAUUCAGUUUCUGUUUCUUUUUGUGCCAAGCCAAACUUUAUUAUGAAAUUUCCAAACGCAGCGAUCAUUAAUGACGUGUACAGAUCAAUAAAAUCACAGCUCAUGAUGAUAGUA